CGCUGCGGUUCCAAGCCGUGACGUCUCCUGUCCGGUAUGGAACACACCCCUCCUCUCGAGCCUUGAUCGGAUAUCAGGACGCGAUGGAUUUUAGCGUUAAAAAGCUUGCCACCGGGGCUGGAUUGCUUUUUUCACGGGCUGUGCAGUUUACAGGAGAGAAGCUGGGCCAGGCGGAGAAAACCGAGUUGGAUGCUCACGAUGAAAACCUAAUGAUUCGCGCAGACUGCACCAAAAACUGGACUGAGAAAAUCUACAGACAAGCAGUGGUCUUGCUGCAGCCCAAUCCAAUUGACCACACUGGUGCUAGAAUUGAAGAGUUUCUCUACGAAAAGUUGGACAAAAAGGUACCAUCCAGAGAUACCAAUGGGGAACUUCUAGGUCAAUAUAUGCAAGAUGCUGCUCGCGAAUUUGGUCCUGACACUCCAUAUGGAGGCAGUUUAAUCAAGGUCGGAGAGUGUGAGAGAAGAUUAGGAGCAACGGAGAGAGAGUUCCUUCAUACAUCAGCCAUUAGUUUUCUUACACCUCUCAGGAACUUUCUUGAAGGAGAUUGGAGGACUAUUACAAAAGAACGACGUCUAUUAGAGAAUCUUCGUCUUGAUUUGGAUGCUGCUAAAGCACGUUUGAAGAAAGCCAAAGCAGCGGAGGCAAGGGCUGCCUGCGAGGGUGAUGUGGCUCCAGAUUUUCAGGAGACCAGACCACGGAACUAUGUGCUCUCUGCCAGUGCCUCUGCUCUUUGGAGUGAAGAAGUUGAAAAAAUUGAACUUGAACUCAGGGUUGCCCAAACUGAAUUUGACCGACAGGCAGAGGUCACACGGCUUCUUUUGGAGGGUAUCAGUGGCACACAUGUGAAUCACCUCCGCUGCCUGCAUGAGUUCGUCGAGGCCCAAGCAACUUAUUAUAAGCAGUGUCACAUCCACAUGCAAGAACUACAGAAAGAACUUGAAAGACUUCCAAAUGCUUUUCCACUGAAUUCCACCGGCUGCGUGGCUUCUGCAGACAUGACGUCAGAAGGUUUGAACAGCGCUGUGGAGAUGGAGACACUGAAGAUUGAGGAAGUGCAAGCACCUGCUGCAGGCACUCGCACGGCCAAAGUCCUUUAUGAUUACGAUGCUGUUGACUCCAGUGAGCUUUCCCUCAUAGCAGAUGAGAUAAUUACUGUUUACACAAUCCCAGGAAUGGACUGUGACUGGCUAGUUGGUGAAAAGGGGGACCAAAAAGGAAAAGUGCCUAUCACAUACCUGGAGCUUCUCAGCUGAAGAACACACUGACACCAAAUUUUAUGAAUUGGUACGACUGAAGUCAGUUCAAUGCAUUUUCCAGUUCCUCAUACUCUCCUUUCACUAGCAUGACACGACAGACAGCAGCUGUUUGAUCUAAUUUAUAAGCUUCACAUAGCUUCCAAUGUGUUACAAGUAUUGACACUUGUUUGACAACAAUGCGUCCAGUCAGUGACGCAAGUUACAACAAAUUGAAUAACUUUCAAAACACAAGUUUGUGUUGACUUAGUGCAAAUUCCAUUUCAAAUUACAUAUUCUGUUGUGUACAUUUGGAAUUAUUUACUCCAUAAUGAUAAUGAUGUUUCAAAGUGGCUUGAAAGGGACUAUCGUUGUCACAAACAAACUCACGUUAUGUAUUUCUUGCUCAGGAAUAAUAAAUUGGCAUUGAUUUCUGUUAGGGAUCUGUUUCGGAGCCAUCUGUAAGUAAGUGCCUCUGGAAUGCCUUUUUUUGCCUCCUCCCCGUCCCCCAUGCCUUGGUGUGAUAUCUGCGAAGUAACUGGAAACACUGAAAACAUUCUAAAACGCUGAUGUCACUUAGGUUCAAAAACUGUGAUCAAUCAUCACCAAUAUUUCUGUAGACAUCUUCACUUAUGCCCACUUCAACCUCUGAAUAAAAUCACAACGAACUGGCUGUGGAGGCAAAGUCAAAACUGCUUAAUUAAAAGACAAAAACAAACAACACAAUGUCGCUAAAUGCUCAAAAAACGUGGUCACCACCCAAAUUUAGGUGCACAUCUCUACCCAUGCCCACUUCAAUCUGAAAAUAUUCAAACGAUUCCCCCAAUAUAUGGGGUUUUAUGGACAUUCAGCCUUUUCCUCGUAAGAAAGAAGACUACAUUUGCAUCCCUAAAAUCCUCAAAUAUUGGGACAAUCAUUAUGAUAUUUUAAGAGGUUGAAAAUGGGCACGAUUAAGAGCUUGAUUAGAGCUGUGCACGUAAGUGUUCGUGAUGAUUGGGCAUAGUUUUUCGGACACAAAGUGAUUUUUUUCUGUUUCAAGAGCACCUAUCUAAUGUCCAUAAACUCCUACAUAUUGUGAUGAGUGGGCAUGAGUGGAGAUGAUCCAUCGCAGUUGUACACAUGUUUAAGUCCAGAACUAUAAAAUAAGUGCCGAUGUUGGGCCCCAUCCCAGUCCCUUCAAGUUUUUGUUUCAUUGCCACUAAAAGCCAAAUGAAAGGCAGCGUUUGAGCAGUCUGACUUCUCAUGCCAUAUGCUGACAAUGUAUGAGGACCAAACAUUGUUUGAAUUUUGGUGCGUAUUUUUCACAAAAUGUGCCUCUGCCACCUCCAAAUUGUAAUACGUUUGACCUGGUUGAACUUCAAGCUAAAGCUACAAAUGUGAAGUACCGCACACUUUUCGCUGAAAAUGUAUGUUUAUCUGCUAAUGUAUUGCUGUUGCCUUUAUUUAUUUAUUUUUAUUUUGUGUUUUGAGGGCACGUGAUGUUUAAGUUAAAAAAAAAAAAGCUAAAACGUCUGCACUGAACCGAGAUGAAGACGAAUUAAAUUGUGUCAGUUCUUCUGCAAGUCUAAUGCAUAAAGUUAUAGAAUAUAAUCUUUCUGAGCGAGUUUUCAGACAAUGAUUAAUAAGCUUAUAGUAUAGAAUUUGAACAAGAGCGUAAGUGCGGUCAGAUUUACUAUAAAAGAGGACAACACUCGGAACAAUUGUUGAUAGUUUUUAUGACUUUGCCUUUUGACUACCACUUAAGAUUUGUAAUAUUUCAUUUUGAUUUGCUUUAUGGGGGACAGCGAUUACGACAGUGGACACCUUAUCACUAAUCAGGUUACCGGUUAUUAUUGAUGCAUGAAAGGGUUAAGAAGAAAAAAAUAUAUAAAUAUCAAAUUAAAUUUCAGGAAUUGCAGCAGUUUUAUGUAGAUUAAUAAUAUUUCAAGGGACUCAAAGAGCAUUUGGACAAGGUUAUAUAAUUAGAAAUAUAACCAGACUAGCUGGUUCGCCGCCCUCCGGGCGGCUCAUCAGCUAGUUCCUGCGGAAGGCUGGUAAGGUGGUGGUUCGCCGCCCUCUGGGCGGCUCAUCAGCUAGUUCCUGCGGAAGGCUGGUAAGGUGGGCCUUCGGCCCACAAAAGUGUUGUUGCUUGGUUCAACUUUUUGUUCAUCUUCAUUGCUUAUCGUGAAAAUAAAGAGAUGUUUAGCUCUACUAAAUAACUAACAAUUUUAUUGCAAUGCUUGUGGGUAGACAACAUUUUUUCGCUAAGAUGCCCGCGCGAUCGUAGUGAGCCACUGCCUGAGCGGCGCAGUGGCGGCGCAGUGGCGGCGCGGUGAAGUAUUUACGUUUUGAAAAGGGACAGACGGAAGGACAGACCGCGUGCGGGACGACGCGCAAUAUAUAUAUAGAUUUGUCUUUUUUUUUAACUCAAAAUAAUCAUCGGCAUUCAGCAAAGUAGCCUGAAUUCAUUAUUGGGUUAAGAUCAGGUUUUAUUUCUGCUUAUGUUUUGAUGCAUUGUUUGUCCGCACAAUAAAGUGCUUUCCUAUUAGUA